AUGGAAAACCAAACGAGUCGUCUCCGCCUUCACGACACCUCCCUCCUCUUCCUCCUCCUCCUCCUCGUACACACCAUGCCGGCCGACCAGGCCUCCGCGCUGCUGCGGCUGAACCUCACAAGCAACGACUUUUGCGGUGCCAGUCUCCCGCCGUCCGGGUUCGAGCGGCUCGUCGAGCUCACCCACCUUAACCUCUCCAACAACAGCUUUGCCGGCCAGGUACCCGUCGGAAUCGGCAACUUGAUCAAGCUCGUGUCGCUAAUCAAGCUUGUGUGA